ACCCCUCCCCAUCCACCUGCUUUGCAUUACGUCCCAAUCCGAUUUCCCCAAGUCUCUGGUGUCUGAUUUAAUUUGCCUGAUGCUGCUCCUGGAAUCAGCCCUCCCCUGACCCCUCCUGUCCACAGCCUUCCAACUCCCCAUGGGGAGAUCAGUCCUGGGAGAGACUGAGGAGUAGAGAGGGAGCAAGAGACUUGCUGGGUGGACAGGCAGGACUGAUUGGAAACCGCAGAGGGACAAGGGGCUUCUGGCCAGUGAGGACUCAUUCUCAGCAGAGGAGGCAGGCCGUGAGGGCCCCAUCCAGGGGCAACUGCAACCCACCUCACUCUACAGAUCUCGAAUCAAGGCUGCCCCACGUGGAGGAACCACUCCUAGGUCAGAAAGAUGGGGGAAAUGGAACAGAUGAAGCAGGAGGCUGAGCAGCUGAAGAAGCAGAUUGCGGAUGCCCGGAAAGCGUGUGCAGACACAACGCUUGCUCAGAUUGUGUCUGGAAUGGAGGUUGUUGGCCGCAUCCAGAUGCGGACCCGAAGGACCCUACGUGGGCACCUGGCCAAGAUCUAUGCCAUGCACUGGUCCACGGACUCCAAACUUCUGGUCAGUGCCUCACAAGAUGGGAAACUGAUUGUGUGGGACACAUACACAACCAACAAGGUUCAUGCCAUCCCUUUGCGUUCUUCCUGGGUCAUGACCUGUGCCUAUGCCCCCUCAGGCAAUUUUGUGGCCUGUGGGGGCCUUGACAACAUGUGCUCCAUCUACAGCCUCAAGACUCGGGAAGGCAACGUCAAAGUGAGCAGGGAGCUCUCAGCCCAUACAGGUUACCUCUCCUGCUGCCGGUUUCUUGAUGAUAACAAUAUCGUGACUAGCUCUGGAGAUACCACAUGCGCUCUCUGGGACAUUGAGACCGGGCAGCAGAAGACUGUGUUCCUGGGUCACACUGGAGACUGUAUGAGCUUGGCUGUCUCCCCAGACUUCAAACUUUUCAUCUCUGGGGCUUGUGAUGCUACUGCCAAACUGUGGGAUGUGCGGGAAGGCACCUGCCGUCAGACCUUCUCAGGGCACGAGUCUGAUAUCAACGCCAUCUGUUUCUUUCCUAAUGGUGAAGCCAUCUGCACCGGCUCAGAUGAUGCCACCUGUCGACUCUUUGACCUCCGGGCAGACCAGGAGCUCGUAGUGUACUCUCAUGAGAGCAUCAUCUGUGGAAUCACAUCAGUCGCCUUCUCCCGCAGUGGGCGCCUCUUGCUUGCUGGAUAUGAUGACUUCAACUGCAACAUCUGGGACUCCCUGAAAGCAGAGCGUGUGGGAAUCCUUUCUGGCCAUGACAACAGAGUGAGCUGCCUGGGGGUGACAGCAGAUGGCAUGGCUGUUGCCACCGGCUCCUGGGACAGCUUCCUCAAGAUUUGGAACUGAGGACUGCAGCAGAGAGGGAAAGAGCAGCAGAAGCACAGCCCACAACCUGAGCCCAUGCAAACAGCAUCAUCAGCUGAGAACAACAGAAAGGCCUGCUUGUCUCUAGACACAAGUCGCUUGUAGGGGUCUCCCAGUGAAAGGGAGAGGUUGGGGAGGGGGAGCAGGAGCACACAUGCUGGCCCUUCUCUCCACCCCUAAACAGGCCCAGCAGUUUCCAGCUUGAUGCAGGCUUGAAGACCUGCAAAACACUGCUUAUGUCUCAGGACAUUACAGUACAGUUCAGACGCCCUGCAUCUUCCUUCAAAGACCUCUGCCCACAUUGAUACCCAUCCUUCAGAGGACCCUCAUCCAACACCCCUGUCCCUGAUCAAGCUCUGCCCCUGAUUGAACUUCAGGCUCUCUGUGCAGCUGUCCUAUAUCCCUGCAGACUGCCUCAGAGACAUGCUGGGUUUGAGAUCUCUAUCAUGCAACCUCAAACAAAAAGUAGUGUAAAUUGGGCUUAUUUUCCAUUGAGGAAGACUUAGCUUAAGUCUUAUUUGUGCAUAAAUGGGGGAAAAGUAGCCCUCGGAGCUGCCAGGAUAUCAGGAAAUAUUAUAUUUAUUCUUA